UCUCUCAGCUGGAUCUGUUUGGUAUCUCACAGACAAAAUGGAGGAUCGUCCAAACAGUGAAUCUCUGAGAGGUUGAGGGUUGGAUUCUGAGGGGAGAUGGCGGCGCAGCGAGGGCUUAUUUUGAGGCGCUUCUUGUUGUUUUUUGCUCAGUUCUGGCCUUGUUUUUCUCCCAGAACGCUGUAUUUUGUUGCCCUCAGGACGUUGCUGAGAAUGUCUUUGAUCUUCCAGAGGAGCCUUCCCACUCCCCUGUCUUCCCAAAAACGCUCUCCCACACCUCAGAUAAACACACAAUUUGGAUUCUUCCAUUCAUCUCCCCCGUCUGAAUCGAAGCUCCCACCCCUGCGUCGCUGCGGGACCCUCCAUCUCUUCCUCACCACUUUUGAUAGACAGCUGUUUGAACCAGUUGGAAUUUAUUGGCAGGAUUUAUUCGGACAAAGGGAUGCAACAGAGGCAGUAUGGAUGCAGAGUCAAUUGGAAUCAUCAGCAUUGUCAUCGCCAAGAAAACACGCUCACCUGUGCUCCAACCGUCAUCAAGCUGCUGCCGUCCAUCAUAAACAGGAUCCCGGCCUCGCUCGCCACGACCAGAAUUCUUCCUCUUUGUCUUCCUCCUCCUGCUCCCCUUCCCCGCCCUCCUUCCUCCACCUCCUCCUUGGAGCCUCCUCUGACACUGAGAUGACAAAUCCAUCCCCAAGCGUCUGGGACAUCCGCCGUCACAACACGUCGACUUGACAAACUAGCCACCGUCUGCUUGUGGCCAUCCAGCAAUGUACUGGAAUUUACUAUGAAUGAUUUAACAGCAUAAAAAAGAGACAAUAAGAAGAAUGUAAUAUAAUCAAGAAGCCCUGCUCCAGCGGAUAAUGUGCUUUUAUUUUGAAGGUUUCAAAUUUUUUUUGUGAUUUUUAUUUUUAAUUUUUUAUUGCUUAAUUCUGUUUGCAUGUAAAGUAACAAGCGUUUGAUUUGAGCGUGCGAAAGCUAUGAUGUGUGUGAGUGUGUGUGUGUGUGUGUGUGUGUGUGUGUGUGUGUGUGUGUGUGUCUAGCUGUAUGAGUGAAAAGGUCUUUGAAGUACUAUCAGUAAUCGUGUCUGUUCUCAUGCCACUGUGG